AUGGCCAGACAUACCUCGUUGGAUUCUGAGCGCCCCAUCAUGAUCAAAUCCAACCGUACCUCGAAAAGAUUCUCCACUGUGAGCGGGAACCCAUCGCUUGCACCAUCGGAACAGACCAUCGGCAGCCUGCCUAGUGGCGAUCCUAGAAUCGCAGAAUUCAACCACCUGCGUGACGGCCUUGAGCGCCUAGAGAACAAGCCGCUCCUGAAGCAACGCUUUGUCCCCACACCAGAGAAAACUGACAACCUCAGCAAGCUUGCUCUUGGUGCGAAGGUCGAGCGUGCCUUGGGCCGGAGGAUGACCAGUCAAGACGCUGUUAUGCGCAAGCCCGUGUUGAGUGAGAAGGCUGCUGCCGCCGAAACCACAGCUGCUUGA